CGAGCCACUGUGACGGAGGGCGGAACCCGGCUGAGGCGGAGUUCGGCAGGCACGGCUGCCCGUCCGUUGAGAGGUCCCGUCGGGUGGGCGUCGAGUGCCGUUCCUGUCAGGAGUCGCUUGCCUUCCUCGCUCUGCCUCUUCCUCCCUCCCUCUCUCCUUCCCUCUCUCGCUCGCUCAUUGACUCCCUGACGGACUGCGCCGGGAUAGGAGAUCCGAGCUGCCCCCCGUCCUGUUCGCGGCGGCGAGCGGCGGACUUCGCGCCCCGCCAUGGAGGGCGGCGACGGGGGAUCCGCGCGCGGGACCGGCCGCGAGAGGAAGAAGAGCAAGAUCCCCGCAGACGAGGCCCCCUCGGCGGCCGUGACUGGAGGAGACCCCGGAGGAGGAGGCGGGAAGUCCCAGAAAUUCGCCAUAUGACAUCCGGAUCAAACAUGAGAUCAUUAGAUGCUUAAAAGCUUUCAUGAACGAUAAGUUUGGAAUUAAGACAAUGCUUGAAACGGAGGAGGGGAUCCUGCUUUUGGCAAGAGCAGUUAACCCCAAAGUCCCAUCCAUGAUGAUUGAUGCUAUCACGCUACUGUCUGCCCUCUGCAUUCUGCCUCAGCCUGUGGAUAUGCAUGAGCAAGUUCUGGUGGCAUUGACACAACGAGCAGAAAUGGAUGAAGUGGAACGAUUCAAACCCAUCUUGGAUGGCCUGAAGAGUGACACCUCAGUGGCAUUAAAGGAGCUGCAUGCUCAAGACAAUGAGGAACUGCUGGUGCACCUCUUGCUAUUCGAAGAAUAUGCUGAAGAAGAUUCUGCAGAACUCAAAAACCGCUUUGAGGAGAUUCGCAUUGAAAUGGAUGAUUUCAAUGAAGUUUUCCAGAUUCUGCACAAUACAGUAAAGGACUCUAAAGCAGAGCAGCAUCUCCUUUCUAUUCUGCAGCAUCUCCUGCUAGUCCGCAAUGACUAUGAGGCCAGGUAAAGAGGGGAAACUGCUCUUGAUUCACAAAAGGUGGUGCUGGCAGUAUGUGGAUGACAGUGAUCAGGGAUGUACCUAGUGGUUUGAUUGGCCUCUGCCAAGAGAGCAGACCCAGGUGGGCACAAAAACUGUGCCUCUCCACUCGGACUCAGAGUGGCCAGGAGGUAAAGCAAUGAGCAGAGGGAGGCAGGCAGGCAGGCAGACCGACCAGUGGAGUAGGAGCAGCAGCAGCAGCAGCAGCAGCAGCAGCAGCAGCAGCAGCAGCAGAGCAGACCCCGAUGGCUGCAGAAGUCACUGACAGAGCACCAAAGGUAUUGAAAAGCAAACAUUUUGAGUUUCUGCUCCAUGGUUUCCCUGGCUUUGGAGGCACCAAUACAGCUCCUUGCCAAGGGCACAAGGGAACCUAGGUACGCCUGCUUACGGCCCCCACUACUUUUCCUUGCCAGAAGUCCCUGUAUGAUGUGCACAAGCAGCUCCUGAAGCCAGCCAGACUCCAGAGCCAACUGUGCUACCAGGCUGGCUCCGGGCUGCUGAGACUGCCGCUGCCACGUUUCCCGGGGACAUUUAAUGAAAUCUGGGGACAUUCCAGGGUUGGAAUUUGUCUGGGGACAGAUUUGAUUUCCCCUGCUUAUGGAUGAAAAGGUGAUCUUAGCUUUUAUUCUGCUCUGCUUUACCUUCUCCUUUCUAAUAAAAAUCAAAUUAAAAUUGUGUCCAACACUUUGAAAACAGAUUCCAAACAGUAAGUGUUAUUGGCAGCCCUUUAAAAUACAAAAACAGGGUAAACAUACGCUCCCUGUGCAUUUAUUUAUCCCCUCCUGAUCAAUUGUUCCAUUUGGGGAAUAUGUAUAUAUAUAAAUUGUUAAGUGGCCAGGACCUGAGAGCAGAGUUGAAUGCCUCAUAGCUCUUACCUCUUUCCUGCCCAUAAUAUGGCAUCUGCUGGUCAGGAUGUCCAGCUUGCCUCUUUGGAAACAAGCUCUCACCUGGCUGGAUUUUGAAUUUUGUGCCGUGUUGACUCCGUGUUGACUCCAGUUGAGAGUCCCCGUUUUGUUGAAUGUUGGAAAGGACUUGUGUUGAAUAUAAACUAAAUGUUAUGCUAUUUUUGAACACUUGCUAUAUGUAACCAACGUGUGUUUCUUUCAAACUUUAUCCUCACUCAAAUUACCCUGUUACUUCCCUUAAUACACUUAUUUCCUGCUUUAUAAUAUAUUGGGAAUUAAAUUGUUUAUUGAACAGAGAUGAAUAGCUGGCUCUGUUUUUUCCUUCACUUUCAUAAAUAUUUAAAGUUCGCUGCCUGGCUCAUAAAUGAAUCUGAGAGUCAGAUUUGAUGUUACCAUUGGGAAAGCCACAACAACAACAACAACAAAUAGCAGUAUGGAUGGGUGGGUAUUUAAAGCUCCCAACAUUUUCCUGAUUUAAAAAAACGUCCAUAAUGCUUUUUGUCCCACAGGGCAAAACCUAGAGAUCCGUAGCUUCAUGUUUUGCUGCGUAGGGCAAAAAGGGAAGGGGAAUUUUCAUCAGGAAAAGGGCACAUGUCCCAGUGGUGAUGCAAAUCAUUUGAGUUUUCUAAGCAGAGGUUGGAUCUGUUAUAGAUGCUUUAAUUGAGAUUCCUGCAUAGCAGGGGGUUGGACUAGAUGACCAUUGGUGACCCUUCCAAUUCUAUGAUUCUAUGAAGUUCAGCUGUCCAGCUGAGAAGAGUGAAGUGUGUUCUUAACUGCCUCAGGAUCCUGAGGGCCAACUGGAAUGUGCAGUCUUGAGACAAUUCCUCAGAAUUUCACCCAGUCGUCAUCAUCAUCACCUCAGAAGUGGUUUACCGCAUUCCUUUCCCCAAUCUUCAAGCAGUUGUGGCUAAUUUACUUGUCUCCAAUACGGCAUGAACAAACCUUUGGCUCCCAUAUCUACCCUGCACAUUAAUCAGCUCUGUUCCAGAUAACUCAGCAUAAACAAACUCUCUUGCUCUGUGUUGUACAAAAUUCAUUUAUUCCAACUAGCAGUAUGAAUAUUGCUGGAACUGCUCUGGAUUUCCUUACCUUUUCAAGAAGAUUUAUUCCAUGAGCAGGCCUAUCUAAACAGAAAUAUAUGGCCACACCAUCCAAAUUUUGCACCAUGAACAGUUGAAGUCUAUGACGUGUUCAGAUUAUCACAGGGCAUACUCAACCUAUUUGACUUCUGUGAUUUCAUUCAGGCAUUGCACAUAGGCAGGCAAGAGUAUAAUCUUAGCAUGAGGGCUAGAAACUUUUAAAAAUGAAAGCUGAGUUUCCCAGGAACCUGAAUCCUGCACGCAGUACCACAUUCUGCAUGUGGAUAUGAGCUGGAGCUGAGGGGGGCACCACCCUUGCCUUAGUAAAUCUCACCCCACCUUGCUUUCCACCACGCUUCCUCUCUAGGAGUGACUGGGAACUCUAAGGAUAAAAUAGUUCUAGAGGAGGAGAGGAUUUCUUAAUGCGACGCUUCCAGGCAGGGUAUUUGGUUCUACCCAUCACAGGCAGAGACGUGAUGCAGACCAGCAGCCUCCCGCGACGCAUGUCGUGCUGAGGACUGCGCUGAGCCUAGUUCCAGUUUAAGGGAUCUCAGUCCUCAGAUCCCGUGACCCUUCCAGCUGUGCCUGGGCCCCAUCCCGGGGGUUCUGCUUCCCCACUGUGGCAGGUGCCUGGGACUCGUUCUUUCGGAGGAUGGCAGAACUCAGCUCUUGCAUGAGUUUGUCAUUGAUGGACCAGUCUGCCUGGAAGCUUUUCUUCCUGGAGGCAUCAGCUUGAGGCUCCUCUCCCAUUGGAGGUUCUGGAGGUGAGGCAGGUGCCUCUUUCGAUAGUCCCUGUUCCCAGUCUGGGGCAGGCGGCCCUUGAUGCAACUCGGUCAUUCUCUCUACACCGGCACUUGGAGCCACACUGUGUCCUGGGAGCCUGUCUGGGAGGAGGUCCUUCUCCUCCAGCCUGAGGGUCCUCUCAAAGCAGCAUCCUUUUGCCACAUUGAUUCCAGAUGCCCUGGGGGCUGGGCAGGGGGGCAGUGAGCUGGAUACUGCCUGCUCUGAGCAUGGAACUGGCUUCUUGGUUCGGUCCACGGGAGGUAGCAGGGACUGUUGGAGCUCCAGAAAGCCCAUGUCGGCAAAGUUUCCCACUUCCUCAUAGACAGGCUCAGAUUCAGCCGCCUCCUGCUGCUCCUCUAGUGAAUCCUGAUGCAUUUUCAUUGG